AUGGAAGUUCAAGUGAAUGUAUCAAUAAAUUUUACUCUGUAUACAAUGAAUUUCGGUAAUAAAUCGAAGAUCAUUGUUAUUGGCCUGAUAUUACCAGCAGAUAUCCCUGAUACGCAAGUCAGUAGUCUCGUCAAUUCAACAACAAAUUCAUCAUUGGCUUAUGUUACACCACGUUGGACACCGACUACAAAUCAAAUUGAACCUCAAACAUUUUGUGCUGUUGCUUUUACCAGCGAAAAAGUAGAGUCUAACCCGUACUGUGCUACGCUUAUUGUCACAACAUCAAUGCUCUGUGUUACUACUACAACUACGUCAACAAACACCAGCACAACAACCAGCGCAACAUCGGCAACUACAACAACUGCCAUUACAGUCACUACAACGACUGAUACAACAGCGACCACAAUAUCUAUCACGGCUGCAACAACAACAAGCACACUACUUCACUAA